AAAAGGGGUUUUGAAGCAAUUUGGUUUCUUGGAGGAUCUAGAGAUGAGCAGAACGGCGAGACCAAGCAAGAGUCCAGUUUCUGUAUUGCUCCCUCAAAUUAGCAGGACUUUGAGGACUUGCUGCCAAGAUGGAGCUGCUGAAGGGAUUGCCAUGGCGCCGUGCUUUCCUGGCUGUUGUCUUGAACCUGCUGGCUCUCAGCCUCUCCACCACUGCCUUACUCAGCAGCUACUGGUGCACUGGGACUCAGAAAGUGCCCAAGCCUUUGUGUGAGAAGAGCAAAACCCCCAAGUGCAUCGGUGUCCCCAUGUCACCUGACGCGGGUGCUGGCAAUGUCUCCUCCGAGGAUGUGGUGCACUACAGCUGGGAGACCGGGGAUGACCGCUUUGCCUUCAGAUACUUCCACACAGGGAUGUGGCUUUCCUGUGAAGAGAGCAUGGAAGGGCCAGAAGAGAAAUGCCGCAGCUUUAUUGAGCUUUCACCGGCAGCAGACAGAGCAGGAAUCCUGUGGCUGUCACUGGGAUCAGAGAUGCUGUACAUCAGCUUGCUGCUCAUCAGCUUCAUCCUCCUGAUGGUGGAAAUGCUGCACACUGGCAAUCCUGUCUGUGGGUUGAAGCUCAACGCCUUUGCUGCUGUGUCCUCAGUGCUGUCAGGUCUCCUUGGGAUGGUGGCACACAUGAUGUACUCUCAGGUCUUCCAGGCAACAGUUAAUCUGGGACCAGAGGACUGGAGACCACACGAAUGGGACUACGGUUGGGCAUUCUACAUGGCCUGGGUCUCCUUUACCUGCUGCAUGGCCUCUGCUGUCACCACACUCAACACCUACACCAAGACAGUGCUGGAGUUCAAAAGAAACCACUUCAAGGGCUACGAUGGAAGCUUCAGGGCUCAGCCUCAGCAUCACCAGUGCUUCAUACAGCAGCAAAUAAGCAGCUACUACGUGCCCCAGGAGAAGCCCCUCCACUCAGUCUCUGAGGGAGUUGACUUCUACUCUGAGCUGCAGCAGAAAGUGUUACAGAGGGAACCAGAGCUGGAGCUGGAUGAGGUCUUGGGACAGAUGAUCGGGGAGGAGCGCUGCUAGGGAUGAGUGCACAGGGGCAAAGCAGUGGGCUCUGGGAGGCACAAGAGCUCUGAACCAAACAGUAGCACCACAGUUAGCUAGUCCUUGGAGAUCACUUCCUUCUGCAGUUCAGGGAGUGAGAAGGGAAGGUGGGCACUGGGCCAGGGCAACAGCAGUGCUAACAGUAGCAGGAUGGAUCCACCCUAAUCAUCCUUUGAUGGGUGUCCUCAACUGAAAAGGUUGAAACUAGAGGGACAUCUUGUUGGUGCCAGCUGCCACUUUCAGACAGAGCUGAGGCAGAUGUCCUAAUCCUAGCAGUACUGCACCUGGGAAUAGGCAGCCAGUGCCAUCUGGCUGGCAAAUCGCAGAGCUGGACCUCUAUGAGUGGUGUCACACUGACCUUCCAGCAACACCCCUGGUUCAGCACUACAGUGAAGGGCAUAGGUGCUGAUACUGCUUGGCUGUCAUCCUCUGAACACCCUCUUUGUUCUUCAUUCCCGGGCCCAACCUCUUCUUCUCCCUGCCACCACAUCAAAAGUGCUGCUGCAGUAGGAAUGGCG